AUGUCCAUGCUUCCGACGUUUGGUUUUACGCAGGAACAAGUGGCGUGUGUCUGCGAAGUCCUCCAACAAGGGGGGAACAUCGAGCGGCUGGGGCGCUUCCUUUGGUCGCUCCCGGCGUGCGAACACCUCCACAAAAAUGAGAGCGUCCUCAAAGCUAAAGCCGUGGUCGCCUUUCACCGGGGGAACUUCCGAGAGCUCUACAAAAUCCUGGAGAGCCACCAGUUUUCGCCGCACAACCACCCGAAGCUGCAGCAGCUGUGGCUCAAAGCGCACUACAUAGAGGCGGAGAAGCUGAGAGGCCGCCCGCUCGGCGCCGUGGGGAAGUACCGAGUCCGAAGAAAGUUCCCCCUGCCCCGCUCCAUCUGGGACGGUGAAGAGACAAGCUACUGCUUCAAAGAGAAGAGCAGGAGCGUCCUGCGGGAGUGGUACACCCACAAUCCUUACCCAUCCCCGCGGGAGAAAAGAGAGCUGGCCGAGGCCACGGGACUCACCACCACGCAGGUCAGCAACUGGUUCAAAAACCGACGGCAGCGAGACCGAGCCGCGGAGGCAAAAGAAAGAGAAAACAACGAGAACUCAAACAGCAAUAGUCACAACCCAUUGACUUCUUCCAUGAAUGGAAAUAAAACUCUAUUGGGCAGUUCGGACGACGACAAAACGCCUUCUGGGACGCCGGAUCACACGUCUCAGAGCCCGGCUCUGCUCCUGGGCUCAAACGCCGGUUUACAGUCCCUGCACGGCCUCGCGCCCCCGCCAGGACCCAGCGCCAUCCCUGUACCCAGCGGCCCAGACUCGGUGCACCAUCACCACUCAUUGCACCAUGACACCAUACUGAACCCUAUGUCUUCUAAUCUGGUGGACCUUGGCUCUUAAAAAAAAACGGCACAGGAGGGGAACAGAGAGCACCGUCUUUUUGGAAAAGUAAUUCACAUGGAGGCGUGAGCUCGAGCACUUGCGGCGAGGUGCAAGGCAGACAGACUGGACCACUGCGAAAACAGCCACCAUAUCAAAUCAUUUUGCCUCAUUAAACCUUUAAAAGUCGUUUGGGGGAAAAUCAGACAGUGGACGCAAUACAGUUAGCCCCAAAUUGAAAUUUCUGCUUGUUUCGGGGACUUUCUAGAAACAAGACAUCAAGGCAGAGCACUUAUAAAAUCACGAAAUAUACAUAAACUGGCUUUUAAAAUCUCAUUCCAUUGGCAUAUUUUCUUUUUAAUUCAUUUUAGGAAACUAUCAUUCAAAACUGAAUAGAUUUGACAUUAUACGACUCUUUUUGCAGUGGACAAAGGGACAACAGGUGAGGCGGAUCUAGGUCGUUUUAAGUAUAAAAAAAAAAAAAAAAAAAAAAAGUAUUUUACCGGAAUGUAAUAACAUGUUAUAUUGUUGAAAACAAUAACAAUAAAAUGUCUUAAUUCUU